AUAAACCCUCCGGUGUGUCAAGUGUUAUGAGAGCGCGUGGUUCCUAACUUGUUGUUUUCUUGCGGAAAAUGCUGUGAAAAUCCAUCAAAGAUGUCGAAAAGCCAUGCAAAGGAAUCAUUUGAGGUGGAGAAUGAGUACGAGGCUUUCUACAAGUCCGGCUUUCUGGCAUGGGCAGGAGAAGAAAUAGUUUGCCAGGACGCUGAGAAGAUCAACUUCGUGAAUGUGGAGAGUGGCAAAGUGGAUCGCUCGAUUCACGGAGGAGCCGAUGUCGAGGGCGAAGAUGUGAUCUACACGUUCGCCGUGAGUUCCAGCGGCGAAUCUGUUCUGACGGCACACAAAAGUGGCCUCCUGAAGCUCUGGGACGGCAAAUCCUGCGCCCAGGUUAGAAUGUGGAAGGGAAUUCACAAUGGCCCGAUCUCCAGAGUGACCUUUCAUCCCACCACUGAGCUGGUUGCCAGCGGAGGAUGCGACGCUUCCGUGAGAAUCUGGGAUUACACCAAGAAGAUCUGCCUGGCGAAUCUUCGCGGAUGUCAGGGCGUCAUCGGCCUUGUGACCUUCACGAAAUCAGGGUCUUGCAUUUACGCCGUUGGCGAUGACAAUCGGAUUCUGGGUUGGGACUACAAGACCAGGCAAGUCAUUGCGUCCCUGGAAGGCCACUACAGCCGAGUGACUUCACUCUCGCUCACGGAUAAUGAGGAAUUUCUGGUGUCCACAAGCAGAGAUAAGGUCCUGAUUCUGUGGGAUCUGAAACAGAAGAAGAGCAUAAAAGUAAUUCCCGUUUACGAGACUCUGGAGAGCGCAAUCAUCCUCCCGAAUGGCAUUAAUCUGCCCGGAGGUCUGCUUGUGCCAUCGGAGGGCAUCCAUGUGGCUGUGGGCGGCGAAUCGGGCGUGAUAAAAGUGUGGGAGAUGACAAAGGCGAAGCUCAUCUUUACGCAGACCAACAGCUUGGUCUCCAAGUCCGAAGAGGAAGGCGGUUUGGCAAUAACUCAACUGGUGUGGAGCCCGAAAUCCCAACAAAUCGGCGUCGCGACCGCAGAUCAUAACAUUCUAAUCCACAAUAUCGGCACUUUUCACUGUGCCAAACAGCUCAUCGGCUUCAGCGAUGAGAUCCUGGACAUGGCUUUCGUGGGGAAGAAGGACAGAUACUUGGCAGUGGCUACAAAUAGCCAGGAUAUCAAGUUCUACGAUACGACGACUAUGAAUUGCCAGGUGCUGAAAGGACACACCGACAUUGUGAUGGCUCUGUCAGGAAGAGGAAAGCUGUUUGCCUCUGCGAGUAAAGAUUCAAGCGUGAGGCUGUGGAGCUUGAAGCCAGACUGCUUCGAGGUGACUUGCAUUGGUGUGGGCAGCAAACACACGUCUUCAGUCAGUUCAAUCGCCAUGAGUCGAUCGGGAACGUCUUUCUUCGCUUCCGUGAGUCAGGAUCUGUGCCUGAAGCUGUGGACGAUUCCUAAGGAAAGCUCAGAAGCUGCGCCUCUUGUCUGUUCAGCCACCCAAAUUGUCCACGACAAGGAGAUCAAUUCAGUGUCUGUGGCGCCCAAUGACAAACUCCUAGCGACCGCUUCGCAGGACAAGACGGCGAAGAUCUGGAACGCCAGCGAUUUGUCUCUCGUGGGAGUGCUGAAGGGACACAAGAGAGGAGUUUGGUGUGUGCGAUUCUCGCCCGUGGAUCAGGUGAUUCUGACCAGUUCGGCCGACGGAAGCAUUCGCAUUUGGGCAGUGAACUCGCUGUCGUGCCUGAAGAGUCUGGAGGGACACGAAUCGUCGGUCCUGAGGGUGGAAUUCAUCUCUCGUGGAAUGCAAAUUCUCUCGACGGCCGCCGAUGGACUCCUGAAGCUGUGGAGCAUCAAGACUAGUGAGUGUGUGACGACGCUGGAGCGUCACGAGGGCAGAGUGUGGACUGUGGCGCUGCCGGCAAGCGAGAAGUUCUUCUUCAGUGGAGGAUCAGAUUCGAGGCUGAUUCAGUGGCGCGACGUGACGGAAGAGAAGAAGACGGAGGAGAAGAAGAAGGUGCAGGAGACAGUUCUGCAGGAGCAGGAACUGAACAAUCUGCUGCACCAGAAGAAGUACCUAAAAGCCCUCAGAGUGGCCAUUCGGCUGGAGAAGCCGCAAAUGACGCUGAAAAUUGUGAAGAGCAUCGUGGAAGUGCAGGAGGAAGGCGUCGAGGAGACGAUUAGUGGGCUGAAUGAGAUGGACAAGGAGACUCUCUUAAAUCACGCCGCCAAGUGGAACACAAACAGCAAAAACUGCCGCGCAGCUCAGUUAGUCAUCAACAUCCUGCUGAAGGAUAUGCUCGCAGGCAGCUUCAGACCAAGUGGUGCAUUCAGAAUUGUGGAGACACUCUUGCCUUACACGGAUCGCCAUCUGAGGAGAGUCACAGAGUACAUGAAGGACUUAAACUUUGUGGAAUACACCUUAAAGGCAAUGCAACCGCAUGCGGAUGCAAGUUGAGUAUGAGGAGUAUAAGAGUUCUAGAUAAAGAAUUGACGAAUAUCUAUGAAUUUGUUUUACAUGGAAAAUUAAAUAGGAAUUC